AGAGAGCAGAACAACGUGGAGGGUCGAAACGCGAUUGCAUUUACAUACGAAUAAGAUUUUGAUGCUGAUUUUGAUUGUACCCAGAGACUCAAUUGCGGGCUCCCCUGUGCCUGUAUGUGCCUGUGUGUGCGUGUGUGUAGUUGUGCGUGCAAUAUAAAUAAAUAACAUAAUAUCUGCAAUCUUUGCCAUAAAAGUCAACAGCAAUAACAACAACAACAGCAACAACUAAACUCUAAAGAACGUGAACUCUCUACAGCUACCAACAUGUACUAUCCGCCUGCUGAUAGUUAUACCGGUUAUCGGAUAACUCCACCCCAAAACAUUAAUAGCCACAGCAGCAGCAGCAACAACAAUAACAAUAACAACAUCAUCAGCAGUAAUAAUAAUAAUAUUAACAACAACAACAACAACUGCAUUAGUAGUAUCAACCACAGCCACAGAAUGGACACAGAUGAUGUUGAAUCAAACACAAGCAGUGCCAUGUCCACAUUGGGCACAUUAUUCUCAUUCACAUCGCCGGCAGUUAAAAAACUACUUGGCUGGAAACAGGGUGACGAGGAGGAGAAAUGGGCCGAAAAGGCUGUCGAUAGUUUGGUCAAGAAAUUGAAAAAACGCAAAGGUGCAAUCGAGGAAUUGGAACGGGCAUUAUCUUGCCCUGGUCAGCCAUCAAAAUGUGUAACCAUUCCACGUUCACUCGAUGGUAGAUUACAGGUCUCACAUCGUAAGGGUCUGCCUCAUGUUAUAUAUUGCCGUGUCUGGCGUUGGCCCGACUUACAAUCGCAUCAUGAAUUGAAACCGCUUGAACUUUGCCAAUAUCCAUUUAGCGCCAAACAGAAAGAAGUUUGUAUUAAUCCGUAUCACUAUAAACGUGUGGAGAGUCCAGUUUUGCCGCCAGUUCUUGUGCCACGUCACUCGGAAUUCGCACCGGGACAUUCAAUGUUGCAAUUCAAUCAUGUGGCCGAACCCAGUAUGCCGCAUAAUGUUAGCUACUCCAACAGUGGCUUCAAUUCCCAUAGUCUAAGCAAUAGUAACACAUCGGUGGGCAGUCCCAGUUCGGUUAACUCAAAUCCAAACUCACCGUUUGACAGUUGUGCCGGUACACCGCCACCAGCCUAUAGUCCAUCGGAGGAUGGCAAUUCAAAUAAUCCAAACGAUGGCAAUCAAAUGAUUGAUGCCCAAAUGGGCGAUGUCGCCCAAGUAAGCUAUUCGGAACCAGCAUUUUGGGCAUCGAUUGCCUACUAUGAGUUAAAUUGUCGAGUCGGUGAGGUAUUCCACUGCAAUAACAAUUCAGUCAUCGUUGAUGGCUUUACGAAUCCAUCCAACAAUUCGGACCGUUGCUGUCUCGGACAGCUAAGCAAUGUGAAUCGUAAUAGUACCAUCGAGAAUACACGUCGUCAUAUAGGUAAAGGCGUUCAUCUGUACUAUGUGACUGGUGAGGUAUAUGCCGAAUGUCUAUCCGAUUCUGCGAUAUUUGUACAAUCACGAAAUUGUAAUUAUCAUCAUGGCUUCCAUCCGAGUACCGUAUGCAAAAUUCCACCCGGAUGCUCGCUAAAAAUAUUCAACAAUCAGGAAUUUGCUCAACUUCUCUCGCAAUCCGUUAACAAUGGCUUCGAGGCUGUCUAUGAAUUGACAAAAAUGUGCACAAUACGCAUGUCAUUUGUAAAGGGCUGGGGAGCUGAAUAUCAUCGACAAGAUGUCACCUCAACACCCUGUUGGAUUGAGAUCCAUUUACAUGGGCCGUUACAAUGGUUGGACAAGGUGCUCACACAGAUGGGUUCACCGCAUAAUGCAAUUAGUUCGGUAUCCUAAGUUUAAGACCUAAAAAGAAAAAGUAAAACGAAAGAAAGAACAUGAAUGAAAAGAAACAAAAAAAAAAAGAAGAAAAACAAAAACAGUAGUUAAAAGUAUGUAAAAGACGUAGAAACAAAAUAUGUGCAAAACAGAAA